AGGGCGGUUAUUUAUCAAUGAAAAAUUAAUAUAUAUUCAUAAUAUUAUACACUGUAGAUCAGUUUCAAAAAGUAGGUUAAAACAACUUAAAUUAAAAAUAAAGUAAAAAUGCCUCUUUGUUUAGUGUAUACAAACAUGAAGCGAACGGAUUUAGACGAGAAGUUUGAGGAACGCAUGGCAAAAUGCAUUGCGGAAGUUACUCAGCUUCCUUUAGAGUAUAUUUACGUUACUAUUCAUCCCGAAUCGCCGACAUUUUGUGCUGGUUCCCGGGACCCUGCGAUGUGGUGUCAAAUUCAUUGCAAGAAGAUUUUUCAGGAUACAGCUAAUCUUCAAGAAUACUACAAAAAGUUCUUCGAAACAUUGAAAGAAACGACAAAACUGCCCGGAAACAGGAUAGUUGUAGAGCUGUUUGAUGUCCCAGUUGCAUUGGCGCAACUUGGAAACUAACAUGUAUUUUGGUCGAUUUAAUAUGUUUGUCUACAUCUAUGAGUACAUGUAACGCUAAAAAUUAAACUGAUGUAUCUUUG